AUGAAGCAACAGAUGGAUCAUUUAAUCUCAGAUUUCCAUUCUGAGAUGUCAAUUAUAUGGAAUCAACUAGCACUCAUGGAACCAAAUUGGACUACAUAUAUUGAGUUAUGGCAGAAAUACAGAGAAGAGUCACGUCUGGUUCAACUUCUGAUGGAGUUAAGAGAUGAUUUUGAGACUGUAAGAGCUUCAAUUCUUCAUCGGUCACCUCUCCCUACAGUGGAAGCUGCGUUAUCUGAGCUUAUUACUGAAGAAACUCGGAAGCGGAUCAAGCCUGAAAUACCUGUUGUGUUUGCAGUUCCUUCACGUAUAAGUUUUAAUAAUACCUUCAGUUCUCAGAGAAACUAUCGUGACAUCUCACAGGUUCAGUGUUACAACUGCAAGAAACCAGGUCACUUGGCCAAAAACUGCACUUUACCAUCAACAAAGAGUGUGUCACAAACAUCAUUCUUUCAAGUUCCAACCAAUCAAAGUUCGAAUUCUCAGAUUCAGUGCAACUAUUGUAAAGAACCCGGUCAAACAGUAGGAAACUGUACAUCCCCAUCUUCAAGAAACAUGAGAGAAAGAAGAAGGAUGAAUGACACUGCAUACACACCUGUACCAUCUAUUCUUGCAGAACCUGCACUGGAAAGAAGUCAUGAAACAUCAACAUCUACAUCAAGUAAUCUUGAUGAUAUUCAAGAGAUGCUUAAACAAGCCCUUGCAAUUGGUAACAAUAAAUCUACAACAGCGUCUGCUUUCUCUGUUCCCACAGGUACAUUUUCAAACGGUUGGUUUCUUGACUCAGGAGCUUCUAAUCAUAUGACAUUCAAUUUUAAUGUUUUUGAAAACAAGCAUCCUAUUGUUACACCCAAAAUUAGGGCUGCACAUGGGCGGGAUCCCAGGACAGAGAAGCUUGUUGGGAUAGGUCGUAGAGUCGGUAGACUAUAUCUCCUUGAAACUCUAAUUGUUCCUAAACAAUCAAAGAAUGAACUUACCGUUGCAGCUUCAAAUUCCCUUCCUUCUACUGUGUCUCCAUUUAUGUCUUGGCACUCUAAGCUAGGACAUGUCUCUUUUUCACGUCUUACAUAUAUGAUCAAUAAAGGAUUACUAGGAACAACUCAAGUUGAUAAAGAACCUUAUAACAUUUCAUUUGAACCUUUUGAUCUUAUUCAUUAUGAUGUGUGGGGAAAGUCUCUCAUUGCCUCUAAGGGAGGGGCUUUGUAUUAUAUUAUCUUGAUUGAUGAUUUAUCUCGUUUUACAUGGAUAUAUCUUUUCAGUUCUAGAUCAGAAUUCUUGAAAAUAUACACAGAUUUCUCUAGAAUGGUCAAAACUCAAUUUAGAAAAUCCAUUAAAACCUUUCCUGCGGAUCAAGGAGGUGAGUAUAUAUCAACUCCCUUCAAAGAAUUUCUUAAAACAGAAGGUAGUCUACUUCAGUUAUCUUAUACUGAAACUCCAGAGCAAAAAGGUAUAGCAGAAAGAAAACAUCGUCACAUCAUAGAGACAGCUAAAACACAACUUCUUUCAGCUUCAGUUCCCUCUAAUUUUUGGGGUGAGUCAAUUCUUACUGGUGUUUACACAAUAAACCGCAUUCCAUCUAUAGCCAUAGGAGGAUAUCACCUUAUGAACGUCUCUAUGGUUAUGGUAUUGAACAAAAAGGUUAUCGUUGUUACGACCCAGAGAAUCGUCGAUUACCCUAGAAAUAUUCCAUCCAGCACCACAAAAGUUACUCCUCUUGAAAGUUUCGAAACUCCACAUGACCACUCUAUGGAAAAUCCUAACAUUGCUUCUCUAGAAAGGGAUCUUGUACCUGAGGAUGAUGCUUUACCUCCACGUGCUCGUCGACCACCAUCCAGGUUUGCAGAUUAUCAUUGUUCUUUAUCAUCCAUUUUGUCUAUACAUGAACCAAAAUCAUAUAGGGAAGCAUCUAUAAGUCCAGUCUAG